CCACCAUGUUGAACAGAAGCCGACAACUAAUGCGAAAUGUGUCGGUCAAAAGUCGCUUUUCUUCACUACCUGGUCUCUCUACUGCAUCUUCCGUGUUCUCAAUGAAUUCGAAAAAUGUCCAAAUCAAAAAAGGAUCAGGAUCGGCGUACAUCCAGUUCGUCGGUAGCGAAUACAUCCCGCGUGUGAGCGAUCGUGUUCGCAACGAUCUUGCAUACGGUCUUGCUUUUGCCGAUGAAUCCCUGCAGACCCUGAAUGGCCGACAGCAACAGCAACUGAACAUUAGCACUAAUCAGCUGAGAGCGCAAAAAUUGGGAAGCGUCGACAGAGCACCACUCCCUCGCACACUCAAAGAUGCUCUUCGUCAUAGUCACCGUGCGAUUGUGAUUACGGAGCCUACGGCACCAUUUCGAGUGGUGGAUGUGAAUCGCGCCUGGGAAGAGCUGUGCGGGUACUCGUUUGUGGAGUCAAAAGGUCGAACACUCGGACAUCUUUUGAAAGGACCGGACACCAAUCCACUUGCUACGACUUCAUUGGUACACCAACUCUUACAAGGAGAAGAAGUUGGCACAACGCUGACCAACUAUACAAAGGACGGUCGUGUUUUCUGCAAUCGUCUUCGUGCCGGACCUCUUUUUGAUGGUACAAGGGUAACGCACUUUGUUGGUGUCCUCGAGGAAGUGCAUGCUUAGGAUGUAACACUACUUUCUCACAAUAAGUGUUUAAACUGAUGGGCUUGCCCAGGCAAGGAUCACAGUCGAAGUAUGCACUGUCGUGUAUAGAUAUACGGUUUCACCAU